UUCACCCACAUGUGAACGAAAGCCGCAGUGGUUAGAGAAAAUGCGGAAACAGUUAUCCAGAAAACGUGAAUCUUUUCAUUAGUUGGUUGACGUAUUGAGAAAAAAUGCAGAAGGGAGCAUCUUGUCCGAGGUGCCAACACACGUUUGCAGUUAAAUUUCGAGAUCAUCGAGGUAUUUCACGUCAGCCAUUACUGCUGAAGUGUUCCCAUACCUUUUGUGAGUCUUGCCUCUUGAAGUUGGCCCGUGAAGGCAAGAAGGGCAUCACAUGUCCAACAUGCAAGGAUGUUACCGACCUACCCCAGGGGGAGACAGGUGUGCGACGCCUCCCCAGCCAUUACUUCCUGUCCGGGUACCUCAUCUGCAGCCAGAAGGCUCUGCUGGAACAUGAGCUGAGCAGGAUGGCUCCUGCUGGCAUGGCAUCUGUCAACAAAAAGGCAGCUGUGGCAGAGGCGACAGGCCGUGUUUGCAGUGAGUGCAGGCUCAACAGGGCCACCUGUAAAUGUGUGAAAUGUGACUGUGUGAUGUGUGGCCUCUGCUUUGACAAGGUACGGGGAUGUGGCUCCCAGUGUAGACAGGUACACUCCUUGUCCAAUACUCUGAAACAGCACCAGGCAGCACAAAUCACCGAUGAAGAUGAUUGCCCCUUCGAGGACAUGUCCCCUCUAUGUAAGCUACAUGGCAAGCCUAUAGAGUACUUCUGUGAUGACGAUGAUACAGCCAUAUGUUCCCGGUGUGUGAUCAUGGGCGACCAUAAGGAACACUCCAUCACCUCUAUGGAAGAGAAGAAUAAGGUGUUGCUAGGAGACAUGGAGCCUGCCUUACAGUUUGCAUCACAGGUUGUGAAGAAGCUGGUCAAGGCAGAUAAGAUAUUGUCACAGUCUGUACCGUCGGUGAAGAGUGAAACGUCCAGAGUCAUUGAUUCCAUCAGAGCACAUUUUCAGUCUUUACAUGCAGCAUUACAAGUCAGGGAGGCUGAGCUGAUAGAGGAGGUGUUCACGGUGUACCAGGAUGGGGUAGCUCCUCUUGUACAAAUGAAAGCAGAGAUGCUGAAUGAAAAGAGAAAGCUUGAUUUAUCUAUAAAAGCUGCCCAACGUAUUAUGAACAAUAACAAUGAAAUGAUCCUGAAUGCCAAAGACAUUUUAGACAGUUUGAAUCGUGCCAAAGAUUUGAUGUGUGUUUUGUCAAGCUCUGAUCCAGGGUCGGAAUCGGGGAUACGGUUUGAAGGAGGAGACUCGCUGUUUAAAUCCUUCAAGAACUAUGGUUCUGUGAAAGGAGAAGUGCCUAAAAGAGUGAUGUUCCAUACUUUGAAUGAUGCCCCUGAGGAGGUGCUGAAUGACGACACUGACACUGCAAGUGUCGUCUCCUGCAGCUCUCUGACAUCCGGCACCGAUGUCACUUCAGUAACUGAUACAGGCGAGGAUGUCAUUAUUGAAGAUGAGCAAGACAUCCUUGUAGAAGAUGAAGAUGGGAAUAAGAAAUCAACAUACGUCCUUAAACCUGUGCCAGGUCGUGAGAAAAUGACUGGUCACUGUGAGAAUGUGCUGGUAACUCAUAUCCGAAGCCCAUGUCAGUUUUAUGUUCAACGUUGUGCUCUCAAUGCCAAACUGGUGAAGAUGUCCAAAGCCCUUAAGACUUGGUGUAAAGGCCUGGCCACAGAGAAGGACAUUCCCACUGAUGUCAAGAAAGGUGACUUUGUACUGUGUCAGUACUCUGGGGACAAGCAGUGGUACCGUGCCCGUGUCCUGUCAGUCAUGACAACCACCGAGACCAAUCAGAAGAAGGUCGUCACCAAGAAACAUGUGGAGGUCCUGUACUUUGACUUCGGCAACCAUGAAGUGGUCACCAUGGAUAAAUUAAAGAAUAUGGAAGCUAGGUUUAUGAAGCACCCUGAAUUCCUCAUGGAAUGUGCUCUGCAUGAUAUUGAACCUGCAGAAAAGGAUGGUGUGUGGAGCCUGGAAUCAGCCAGUACAAUGCAGACGAUGAUCGCCAAUAAGCCUAUGUUGAUGAAUGUGAUCCGUGAGGUGGGCAACGUGCUGCAAGUAGACCUCCACAAACCGUCUAUAGAUAACAUCCUAGAUGACAGACCCAUCUCCCUCCGAGACAGCUUGGUCUUUCUCGAACUGGCCAGAUUUGUCACAUCAUCAGAAAGAAUUUCAAAAUCAGGGUCCACAACUGUGCGUGGAAGAGACUUCAUGAAGCCUGAACCUCGACAACGAGGGGAAACAUUUGAAGCUCUGGUGACGUACUCGGGGGUUCCGUCUAGCUUCUGUGUGCAGCCAAUUGGUGACGAGGCAGAGUACCUGUCUGCCUUGAUGAAUGAGAUGGCGACCACAUAUUCGGAUGGAACAGACCUCUACACAGUGUUUUGUCCUCAAGUUGACAUGAUCUGUGUGGUGCAGAGCAUGACGGACCAGUUGUGGUACCGGGCGCGUGUGAUAGACUUGCCAGGAGGAAAACAGGUGGAUGUGCAAUAUGUGGAUUUUGGCAAUAUCGAGUGUGUGCCGUAUCAGAGAAUCAAGAAAAUCCUGGAUGGACACCUGAAGUUACCUCCCUUGGCAGUUCAGUGUGAGCUGAGUGAUGUGGAGCCUGCAGAUCCAGAUGGCAGCUGGGUGGCGGAUGGCCUGGAGUGGUGGACAGACCUCACAACGUUCCAGUCUUUCCAGGUGAAGAUACUGGAGGUGCAAGUGGAUGCUGUGGAGGUGGUCCUGUACCGUAUCCUUGAUGACAGCCCUGACAACCUCAGUGUCAACUACCAGCUGGUUGCUAAUGGAUAUGCCAAGAGCACUGGAGUAGGAUCAACAGUUUUGGGACCAUCAAAGAACCCUGCUGCAGAGGCCCCUAAAAAGAUCUUCACCUACAGAGCUUCUAGACAGGACAAGCAACAAGCCAGCAGUGACAUCGCUGCCUCCUACAUGACGACCUCUCCUGUGAAGGGGGACUUCCAGUGGGGCAAUCCUCCUAGCAGGUCCUACACCCCAGGAACAACAACGCCUGUUACAUCCAAACCAACCACCCCAGCCAUCACACCCACAAAGACCCCGCCCCCACAGAACACAAAUCGGAACAACAUGAAUGUCAAUGCAGCUGCUGCACAAGCACAAGCAGCUGCCACCGCAGUGGCAGCCACACAGAAGCAGGGGGAGGCGGAGUCUCAUGCAGUCAAUAUCAAGGUUAACAUCAGUGCCUAUGAAUCUCCAGCUAACUUCCACAUACAGCUUGAAGAAACUCGGGAGCGGGAAGGAAUAAUGAGGCUGCUUCAAAGACAGUUUCAGACUUCAGAGCCAGCACACCGGAUAUGGAAGGUGAACGACUUCUGUGCAGCGAGAUACAGCAAGGACAACCUGUGGUACAGGGCCAAGGUGUGCCAGAUGCUUGACACGGACGAGAUAAAGGUGUACUUGGUGGACUUUGGGUUGGUGGAUACGCUGACCAGUGCUGAUCUACGGGUGUUGGACGUUAAGAUGAGGGCCCCGAACUGUUGUGCUAUACAGUGCCACCUGGCGGACAUAGUGUCUGCCGGGUGUGCCGACCCGCUACAGUGGUCAGCAACUGCCUGCGAGUUCAUGGCCGAGAUGGUGAAGAACAAAACUCUCUAUAUCAAGAAAGAGGGUGACAUGGAGAAUGAAAGACGGAGUCUGCCCAUCGACCUGCUGGUAGAGGAGAUUGUGGCGGAGACAGCCCUGGAGCCUUGUAGAACCAGCGUGAACAGCCUCAUCAAGUCCAUGAAGGAGAAGGGGCUGGCCAUCCCAUGCAGAAGGAAGAAGCAAGAGUCUGGGGAUAGUUUGACCUCCAGUGAAGCCUCGGAGGUGAAGGCUGAUGAACCGUACGUGGAAUGCGAGGUGCUCCAUUACUCCCGCCACCCUGUCCCCGAGACGUCCCAUCUCACUGUGAUACCCACCUACGUGGACUUUAAUGGGAUCAUGUACUGCCAGUGCCUUGACGAUGAAACAGAUUUGAUGACCAUGACAGAUGACAUUCAGACCAUGUACGUGGAAUCGAGUCCCCAGCGAGUGCGCUGGCAGAUAGGCCAGGCUUGUGUCUCCUACUUCAAGACAGAUGACCUUUGGUUCAGGGCCAGGGUUGUCGAGCUCAAUGACGAUAAAAUCAACGUGCAAUAUUGUGACUAUGGUAAUUCUGAACUGCAGUCCGUGGAUCUGGUCCGCCUUCCGGAGGCGAGGUUUGUGGAGAAGCCCCAGCUGUGUCUGGAGUGUGUCCUGCAUGGCGUCAUCCCUGUGAGUGAGGAUGGAACGUGGCCUAUGACUGUGCUGGACUACAUCCACAGCAUGAUUGUCAACCAUCAGUGCCAGAUUGAGAUCAUGAAGGCGGAGGAAGGCAGCUCCGUGGAGGUACGACUCAAGUUGCCAGAUGGGUCUGACCUCGGCAAGACACUCAUACAGAUCGGGGCAGCUACACCGCCUGAUGAUCUUGCAAGAGAGUAUGAAACAAGUCGCAAAAUAUCCGAUGUUAUUCAGAAGCGCUACCCAUAUAAACAGCCUUGCCUGGCACCAGUUGGAGAAUACUUCCCUGUCGUUGUCACCCACAUGGAACUGCCUAAUAUUGUGUGGUUCCAGCAUGUUGCCCAGGAACCCCGUGAUAUAGAUGACGAGGUGGUGAAGCGAGUAGAACAGGUGAACAGUGACCUGGCAGCACUCCUCAAGAUGUCCCCCGAGCUGGCACAAGCAGAAACCAUGGGGAAGUCGUUCAUCAAAGUCCCAGCACCAGGUCAGAUGUGCAGCGCCCAGUUCAGCUAUGAUGGCUGCUGGUACCGGGGCCUGGUGAUCGACAGGGAUGAGGACACACAGCUAGCGCUUGUUGUGUUUGUAGAUUAUGGGAAUGUGGAGUACGUCCACCUGGACAGGUUGCGGGUCCUGACAGCAUCAGCUCGGGGUCUGGCAGGGCAGGGUGUGAGGAGCUAUCUCCACGGGCUGCAACCUGUCGGCGGGCCGAGGCAGAUCUGGUGUAAGAACAGCAUGGUUUUAAACCUGCAGCUGAUCGGAAACCAACCGCUUGUGGCCUGUAUAAAGGCCUUGGAGCCACUAAGUGUGGAACUGUACAAGAAAAGCUGUGAUGACUUCGAUACAGAACAUCUGGAGUUAGCCUACCAGCAACUCAUAGAGUCUGGCCUUGCUCAGAUUGACCCAAGUCUUGCUGAGGAAUCGGAGCUGUUUGACUUGGCUGUGACUGCAAGCUUGAAGGAAGCAGAAAUAGGGGCAGAUGUUAUAAUAGAGGAAGACACAGAGCUGAAGGAGGAUGAACGGGUCACGGAGUAGUACAACGUGGAUGUUCCUGGGAGCUUACACUAGGAAGAGAGGGGACACAGUCCAGGAGUAUCUGUAUGUUCAGCAUCUGUGUGGGUUGGAUGUGUUAGCAGUGUUAAUGAAUGGAAACUGCCCUGGUCACAAGUCAUUGUGUCUCGGUGUAGGUUAUGACCAUCUUCACAACUGUUGACUGGAUGAGAAACCAAGGCAUGGGUUGUCAAGACAACUUACAGAACUAAAUUGUAUUCUUUCUGGAAUUUGAUUUCUCAAGGCUAUUAUUAUUUCAUACAUGUCAUUUAUGAACAUAUAAUUUGUCAAGCCAUGUUUUAAUAAUAGCUUUUGGAAGCUACCCUCCAGUGAAGGAUAAUGAUUUCUUGACAGAGUUCAAGAAGUACGAAGUGCAAUGCCAAUCCUUACAACUAUCUGACAAAAUGGAGGGAAGAGAUGCACUGCAUAGGGAAGUAAAUUUCAUGGGCAGUGGGGGCGGUCGGGUAGCCUAGUGGUUAAAGCGUUCGCUCGUCACGCCGAAGACCCGGGUUCCAACCCCGACAUGGGUACAAUGUGUGAAGCCCAUUUAUGGUGUCCCCCGCCGUGAUAUUGCUGGAAUAUUGCUAAAAGCGGCGUAAAACCAAACUCACUCACUCAACUCAUGGGCAGUGAUUGGAUGAAGAUAUGAAACAAGAAAUUAAGAUACAUGUGAAACUGAGGACAUGUGAAAUGAAGAUACUUGUGAAACUGUUAAACAUGUAAAAUUAAGGUACUUGAACUGAAAUACAUGUGAAAUUGGGUAGUUCUGAAACUUAAAAACAUGUCAAAUAAAGGACUUUGUGAAACUGAGAAACGUGGAAUUGAGAUAGAUUUGAAUCUGAGAGUGAUGGGAAAUUAAUUGGAGCAUGUAUGAGGAAUGUGUGGUUUCAUGUGAAAUGUUUAAAUUCUGUGAACCGGGAAAGUUUUGCGAGCACAAAUGUACUGUGAAAACUGCAAGUGACACACACUUGCAAUAGUUUCAUGAUGCUAAAAACGUACCAGUAAGGGUGCUUAUUUCGUUUAUUCACUUCCACACAUUGUCAAACUAACCAGAACAUGAUUCAACAAAUAACCCCUUACAUCCAGUUUCCUUUUAUACCCAUUGUCACUCAAUGUCAAUGGUCUAAUCAGGAAAAUUCACUAACCUGCCACACCUUGUAAAUUUCAUUACAUGAUACCGAGUAGUCAAUCAUUCAUUUCCUCAAUCAUGCCAGCCUUUGAUAUAAAGAGUAGUGUUUGAUAAACACGCUACUUCCUUGUCAACUACAACACAUUCAUCUGUAGUGAACAAAAGGCCACUGACUGACACAGAGUUACCUUCUCAUCAUGCCGCUUCCUACUCAUAAACAAAAUACACAGGAGCAAAAGCAACUUUUAUCUUUGGUAAUCUCAUCGACAUGGUGUAGCAACAUUUUACACACAGUAAAGGCUAUUGUUACCCACGCUCAAUAAAUUAAUGAUGCAAAACUGUCCAGGUUCACAGUAUGCAGAAUAAGCAACAGGUUUUGUUGAAACAUUGAUAUACUGUGAGUUACUAGGGUAGGACUCAUUCAUACGUUAUUCUCAUUGUUACAGUUGUAUUGUUACAUUCCUUGCACUGAGUUGAAUGUAUAUAGCUGGUGUAGUUAAGUAAAACUGUUUUUUCAUGAUGUGGCCAAAUUAAUGAUUUAAUUUAGUUUGGAUUGUAACAGGUAUGUAAGGAGAAAAAGUGUAUGUAUAUCAGUUUUGUGUAUGAUAGAUGAGUGGUGGUGUGUUGAUCUAAGAGGGUGAAUGUGGAUCACUUUUAGAGAAGUGCCCGACUUCAGCCCUCAUGAAUCUCAAAACAACAUAAAUACAUUUUCAUCUUUUAUAAAUGUUGGUACCCAGCUGAGUAUCUACAUUGUUGGUGAUAAUUGUUUAUUUUGUUACUAAAAGAGUACCAUAACGUUUACAUUUGUAACCACAUUUAACACUGAUGUUUGAAGGCCUGACUUAGAGCUACAACGACUUCACAUGCAUUGUUACAAAAGGAGAAUAUAAGGCUAUAUUUUGUUGAUUUAUUUUCCAUAAUGAAAGGUUUGGGUUUUGUUAAGUGGAAAAACACAUUCAGAUGUUUUUGAACUCAGUGGAACCAACAAACGUUUGACACUUAUGAUGUUUGAGACAACGAGUGUAGAGUUGGCCUACUUUGCAUGAACAAGGGGAAAUGUUGUCAGCAUCCCAAGAAUAAUGAGCAACCUUUUCAUUUCUGACAAAUAUGAUUUUGUCAACAUUUACUCCGAGCAUGUAUAGACUACAUUUUACAAUGUUCAAUGUUGACUUGUCGAGGUUAUAAGUUGUUUCCUUGAAUCAAAAGUAAAAUUGAGACGACCAAGGCAAAAUAUGUUUGAUUAGGAAAUAAAAUCAGUCCACUGAUUCAAUCAAGACGGCAAUGAAUGUUAUUAAUCAGAAAGUUAGACUCAAGGAUUCACUGUUCUUUUUUAACAUUUAACAGAUAUAAAUGUCAUAAUGAAGAAAUUCUCACUUUAGUCUUUUCAUGUCAAAUACAUCAACACAAGAUGAUAAAAGUUUCAGAGUCUGAGGAGUGUUGAUAUAUUUGGUAUCAAAAGACAUGAGGGUAAGAUUCUAUGUAUCAUCCAAAAUCAUUCUACCAUUUUUUUCAGUUUGCUAUCAGUAAUAAUCAGCAUCUUGAGUUUAAAAAGUAGUUAACAACUUUCAGUGUCAGAGAUUUGUGAUGUCAUUUCAUUGUGAUGUCACAAUGGUGUGCAACCCAUUGGGAUGCAAUUUCAUUGUCGCAUGAUCUCACCCAAGUGAUAUCUCCUGUGUUUUGGAUGAUUAAUGUGCUGCUUAACCUUUGGAAGGGAUACUGAAAAUAUUUCUUACUAUUAGUUUAUGUUACUUGUUACUUGUGGAUUUAUCAUGCAAUAAUAGAAAUAUCCCUAUCAAAUGUUGAGUGUGGGUAGAAUUUUGACUUUUAACUAUUGGUCACAUGUCUGAAUUUGCUUUACUCCGAGAUUUAGCUGUCAGUUCUGUAAUUGACAUUGAUUGAAGCAAACAUAAAUAAUAUAUAAAUCACUCACUUAUUCCAAACUCCUGCAAGACAUGUUUUACUUACUUUUGUUAAUUUGAUGCAUGUAAUCAGGAACAAGAAAUGUUCAAGACUGUCAAAUGGAAAUUCUAAUCCUGUUAGGUUAGCAUUUCUAGUGUCCCCUGCCGUGAUUGUGCUAAAAGCUGUGUAACACCAUACUCACUCACUUACUGUUAGAUUAGAUUCAAUGCCAGCCUCUUGCUUCUUGAUCAUAUUAUAUUCUUUUCAUUUUGUUUCAGUUAUUUUGAUUUGUGUUGCUCCAUCUGUUCUUUCUGAAAUUGUUUUUGUGCUUUUUGCACCAAAAGAAAUGUUUUAUAUCGACUGUAAGACCAUUUUCACUAUAGUUGGAAAUGAGAUUAUCCUAUUUUUGUCACAAGGUUUUGAAUUUCAUACUUUUUGAAGAAUGUUUCAUCAUGUUCAUGUUGACUAGUCAGUGUAUUAUGAGGUGGUCUUAUUUCUUGAUUGGUUAUUAUUGCAUCUUGUUCACUCACAAUACUGCUAUAUGAAGAUGUUUGUUAUGUGUCAUGAUAACCUAACUGUACAGCUUUUGAUUUUGAAGGAAACCAUAUUUGAAUAUUUCACUUCAUUACAAUGGUAAAUGUGUUUAUUUAUGUUUCUACUGAAGAUAUUGUUUUGUACAGAAUCGACAAUUAAAAUUUGUUUUUUAUUUGUAA